UCCGCAUGCGCGUCCGCGCCGCCCCGGCCGCGGGCCCCCGAAGGCGGCAGAGCGAGAGCCGGCGCACCGCGCGCAGGGGACUGUAGAGCGCGGAGGAGCGGGACGCGAGGAGGCGGCUUCCAUCACGUCAUUGCAGGUUAAUACCCUCCCUUGAAGGAGUCGGGAACCAGAGAGGACUUGAGCGUGGUUUUCAUCUCUAAAGCCUGUGGCCAACGUGGACUAAACUCAUGAGUUGAAAUAGCACUGUAUUGCUUCGCUGUGGUCCAAGAUAAAGAGAGGAAGGAGAAAGAUUUCUCAAUGGAAUGGAUGUUCUGGAAGCUCUCCCUGUCCCUGUGCCUCGUGGCCGUGCUGGUGAAGGUGGCGGAGGCCCGGAAGAACCGGCCGGCGGGCGCCAUCCCGUCGCCCUACAAGGACGGCAGCAGCAACCACUCGGAGAGAUGGCAGCACCAGAUCAAGGAGGUGCUGGCCUCCAGCCAGGAGGCCCUGGUGGUCACCGAGCGCAAGUACCUCAAGAGUGACUGGUGCAAGACGCAGCCGCUGCGGCAGACGGUGAGCGAGGAGGGCUGCCGCAGCCGCACCAUCCUCAACCGCUUCUGCUACGGCCAGUGCAACUCCUUCUACAUCCCGCGCCACGUCCGCAAGGAGGAGGAGUCCUUCCAGUCGUGCGCCUUCUGCAAGCCCCAGCGCGUGACCUCCGUCCUCGUGGAGCUCGAAUGCCCCGGCCUGGACCCUCCCUUCCGACUCAAAAAGAUCCAGAAGGUGAAGCAGUGUCGGUGCAUGUCCGUGAACCUGAGCGACUCGGACAAGCAGUGAGCACCUGCGGCGGGACUCGGCGCCCCGCGCGCCCGGCCCUGGGGCGCCGCCGCCGUGGUCCCCGUCCUCCGAGCCCUCGCACGC